AUGCCAGUUACCACGGUUCAACCAUUUAUGAAUGACGAUGAUUUUGUGAAAGGCUGGAAGAAAAGCCUGCUGGCCCAUCGCAUGGAAUUGAUAAUUGCUACGUGUAUCAUCAUGGUGUUUACUCUUGUUCUCGGUAUUGGGCUUGGAGUGGGUCUGAGUUGUGUUGGGAGGUUUCGCUGUGACUUUUCCUCUCAGUGCAUCAGAAGCUCUGCACAGUGUGAUGGAGAGGUGCACUGUGACAAUGGAGCGGACGAGCUUGGCUGUGUGCGUCUCAGUGGGCGGAGUUCAGUCCUGCAGGUCCAGAAAGCUGGUGUGUGGAGGACAGUCUGCUCAGAGGACUGGAAUAACUGGCUGGGGCUCUCUGCCUGCAAGCAGUUGGGAUAUACCAGUUAUGUCGAGUCAUUCUUCAUGUCCCUGACCUCCAUUGAGCAAGACCUUCAGUACAAUCUGGUGUCCAUCAAUCUGAGCCAGUCACAAAUCAUUAAGCUACAAAACACCGCAACCUUCAGUAAAACCCACUGCAGCUCAGGAAAGGUGACAACACUGAAAUGUCUGGAGUGUGGCUCCAGACCUCAGUACUUGAGUCGUAUUGUUGGAGGGAACAUUUCCCGGCCAGGCCAGUUCCCCUGGCAGGCGAGCCUUCGUUUCAACGGUGAACACCUCUGUGGAGGCUCUAUCAUAACAUCACGAUGGAUUCUCACAGCAGCACACUGUGUGUAUGGAUUUUCAGACCCUGCCUUGUGGGUAGUCCACGUGGGAGAGAUAGAGCAACCGGUCCAUGGUGAACAGUCUCUUGCAGUGGAGCAGAUCAUACACCAUGUUCGCUAUCACCCCAAAGGACUGGAUUAUGAUAUUGCACUUGUGAAACUCUCCAAGCCCCUUGUUUUCAAUGGAUUUGUGGAGCCCAUCUGCCUGCCUAAUUUUGGGGAAGAAUUUGAUGAAGGCACCAUGUGCUGGAUCUCUGGAUGGGGAGCAACCGAGGACAAAGGGCAGACCAGUGUGGUUUUGCAUUCCGCCAUGGUGCCCCUCCUCUCCACAAAGACCUGCAACCAGCCACAGGUUUACCAGGGCUUCAUCUCACGAUGGAUGAUAUGUGCAGGAUACUUGGAGGGAGGAAAAGACUCCUGUCAGGGGGACAGUGGGGGUCCUCUUGCUUGCGAGGACUCAUCUCUAUGGAAGCUGGUUGGGACAACGAGCUGGGGCGUUGGCUGUGCUAUAAGGAACAAGCCAGGCGUGUACACCAGGAUGACACAGUCACUUCCCUGGAUCCGGCAUCAGAUGGAGAUGAUGUGGUUCUGUUGGCUUCAUCAAGCCGUGACCUGCAACUCUCACUGGAGCAGUUCGCAGCAGAGUGUGAAGCGGCCGGGAUGAGAAUCAGCACCUCCAAAUCUGAGACCGUGGUCCUCGGUCGGAAAAGGGUGGCGUGCCCUCUCCGGGCCGGGGAUGAGAUCCUGCCCCGAGUGGAGGAGACGAAAGUCAUAACGAAAUAAAAACUAACCAUCAUGGAAAAUCAAAAACGAUUAUAACCUUGAACUGAAGCACCCAGAAGUAACUAGCGCAAAGGUUUCAUUUAUUUUUAUUUGGGGACUGUGUAGCAUUGCAUGAGCCAAAUUAUUGACCUUGGCGCUGGUUAUUUGCGGUCUAACGAUUCCACUGUCUGAAAACACGAGACAUAGGCCAAUGAGC